CAAAUUCAAGCUUUAGAGAAGUUUGGCACUAGAGCAGUAUGUCCCUUAGGACAUGUCCAAAGCAACAUACCCGUACUUAGAAGGAACUGAAACAAAACAUUCAUGAAUCAUGACGGAUCCAUCUCUCAACUUGUAUAUGGAGUGAACCCAAACAUGUUCACUUGCAGCACUGUAUCUGCUUACAAAAAAACUAAUGGCCUGCUGGUUUGCAAAUUGUUUCUUUUGCUUUGGAGUCACUGUAGCAUGUAUCUAUCAGUAUCCUGUUUACAUACGGCAGCGGCUUGGCUUCCUGCACAGGGACGGUGGAGUUUUCCACGGGACUCUUGCGCGUGUGCUGUCCUUAUUCCAGCAGCAGCUUAUAUAGAUGAAUGGCGUUGUGAAUCAGCUUCCUCUUCCUGCACCGUCCGUCACGAGUACGACAACAAGUCAGUGACUUCAAGUCAGCCGGCGGAUAAGACGAUCAAGGAAAAAAGAGUGUGGAAUACCUCGUUGAUUGCCAACAUCACAGGGUGACCGAUCUUGAGGAUACGGUUCCGAGAAAGCCACGGCAGCCGCAUGGGGUCUACCAGCACCCACGUCAUUGCCGGAUUUUGCCGAAUGCGAGCUUCAUCUCUAACACUAGCCUCUCGCCUCUGCCUCCAGCCUUCCACAGCACGAUUACUCAAUCAUGGCCCGCCCUGACCACCCAGACCGCGAGGAGAACGGCGGUGGCAGCUCUGCAGCAUACAGCGUGGCCGGCAUCCCCGUCGUCGACCUCAACAUCCUCGCCAACGGCGACGCUGAUCAACGGAAAGAGGAGAUCCAGCACCUCGGCCGGGCGUGCGCAGACUGGGGCUUCUUCAUGGUCAUCAACCAUGGUGUCCCUGAGUCUCUCCAAGGAGCAACCAUGGAUGCGUGCAAGGAGCUAUUCAGUUUACCGACGGAGGAAAAGGCUGAAUACAUGGAGGCAGGCCCGAUGGAUCCCAUUCGCGUCGGAACAGGUUUCAAUUCUGCCGUCGACGGCGUCAGGUACUGGCGAAACUACCUCAAGAUGUUCGCUCACCCCGAGUUGCACUGCCCAGCAAAGCCCGCGUAUCUAAGAGAAAUUGCUGCCGAGUAUGCGGCUCGCACGAGAGGCCUGACCCUGGAGCUCACAACAGCGGUCUCCGAGAGCCUGGGGCUCGACGGCAGCCGCAUCGCCGAAGCGCUGAACCUCGACAAGUGCCUCCAGAUCCUCAUCGGGAACCACUACCCGCCAGCUGGCCCGGACAUUGGGGCAAUCGGGCUGCCGACUCAUUCCGACCACGGUCUCUUCACGCUGCUCUUCCAGAACGGCGUCAACGGCCUCCAGGUCAAGCACGGCGGCGAGUGGCUCCUCGCCAAGCCCAUCCCCGGCUCCUUCUUCGUCAUCGUCGGCGAUCAGCUGGAGAUUGUGAGCAAUGGAAGGUACAGGGCCGUGCUACACCGCGCGUUGGUCGAUGGCAAGCAGGCGAGGAUGUCCUUCCUGAGCCUGAUCGGGCCAUGCCUGGAAACCGUCGUCGAGCCGAUCCCAGAACUGGCACAGGAGGCAUCGCGGGGCGCCAAGUUCGGAGGUAUCAAGUACAGGGAGUACAUGGAGCACCAGCAGAGCAACAAACUCAGGGAGAAUGCGGCGCUGGACAUCGUUCGGGUGCAGCGUGGGAUACUGGCACGCCAGGUUUCGAUGAACAAUUCUCCGAUUAACGUAUGAGUCUGCUUAUUGAGGUCGAAAUCUUGAAGGUAGAUAUGUUAGAAUGCUUCAUCUCCACUAAGAUGGUUAGACAUAAAGAACUUAUAAUGCUUCAUCUCCACUAAGAUGGUUAGACAUAAAGAACUUAUAAUGCUUGAUCUACACUAGAUUGUUAGACAUAAAGAACAAAGGGAAAUUGAUAGAAA